AUGAACAUCUCCUCUGUGGUAUUCGCUCUCCUGACUCGAGCACUGCUUGGAGAUUUGUGUUCGGCCAUCAACGUCACUAACCCCUUCCCCUUCACGGUGGCCCAGGAGGGUCAAAAUAUCACACUCUCCUGUGUUGUGUCUCAGAGGCGGCGUAACGCUGCUCUACCAGUGGUGAAAUGGACCUUCCUGCCAGCGGGCACAGACCGGUCAGAGGACGAACUCCUCAUCGCUCGCAUCAACAUGAGGAAGGAACGUUUCUAUGGCAACUACACAAAGAGUUUCUCAUGGCCCAAACUGAAGCUGACGGUGGUAAAACAGGGGAAGGUCUUUGACCUGUUAAUCUUGAAUGUGUCCGAGGGGGACCGGGGGCUCUACAUGUGCCGGGUGCAGGAGUUUAAAAAGCACCAGAACCGCUGGAAGGCCUCAACAAACUCCACUGCUGCUACUGAGCUCAGAGUGCAUGUCCUACCGGCCACCAAGGCCAAAGAUGGCCUGUGGAGCUUGUUUGAAGAUGUGUACCUGUGUGCAGUGCUGAUCUGCUCAGUGGGUCUGCUGUGUAUGUGCAUGUUCACAGUGACGAUAACCUGCCAGUUCAUACAGAGGAAGCAGAGGUUAAAAGAUAAUUACCUCUUGGUCAAAAGCCCUCAGAACAGCUCAGGCGAGACAGUCACCAGUGUGGUCAGUGUGUCUCCUGCUCUGCCUAAGAAGGAGAGGAGGUACAGGAAGAAAAGGAGCAGAGACUACCAAGAGGAGAUACCGCCAGAGAUACCAGCAAAAGCUCCCAUUGGAGACAAAACACGGAAACCCAAACUUCUAAAACCACAACCAAGGAAAAUUGUGUUGCCGAAGAUACUGGAGGAGAAUCUGACCUACGCAGAGCUGGAUCUUUUGAAGCCAAUUCCGGAAACCAAGGCAACAUGUAGCGGCACGGUGUACGCUCAGAUUCUGUUUGAGGAGCAGCAGCUAUGAGAGAAACUUACACACCACUAGUAACUGUGCCUUGUGUAAAAAGUAUUGUCUAUUUAUAGUCUGUAUUAUUUUUUAUUCAAAAUGGUUUGUGAAGGGGAAAAUUGCAUAUGUUCUUUGAUAUAAGUUCCUUUUAUGAGACCAAGAUGCAAAAAGAGAUGUUUUGUAUACUGGA